CUCGCUAGACCGUCGUGUUGGCGAGAUGGACCGUGACCGGUCUUAGCCAGUCGUCUGACACCACAAAAAAAAAAAAGACCGUCGUGUUGUUUCUUGAAUUUGUAUGAAGAUUGUUGGUGAUUUUAACCGAUUUCUGUACAAUUUUCACGUUGUCGAUUUAAGUUAAAAUAGGAGUGAGUGAACAUUUGGAGGCGGAAGGAAGCUAAUUGAUAGUGAUUUUGAAGCGAGACGUGAAGGGAUUGCAAAUCAGCUCACUAGCAAGGCAGUUCAGGAAAGAACAGGUAUAACGCAGACGCCAAAAUGAGCCACAACGGAAUGCUGACCACCGGUUGUAUCGCGGAUAUCAUGCGGGGAACCGAGUUGGAAAAGCCCGUGGUGCAGAUCCUGGAAUCGAGGCGGAUCGCCGGUGGCGGCGAACAGUCGGAACGGUACCGGCUGUUGAUUUCCGACGGGCAGAAUCUGUACAACUUUGCCAUGUUGGCGACGCAGCUGAAUUUGGCCGAGUACACCGUGAUCCGCAUCGACCGCUACAUUACGUCGGUGGUCAACCGGAACGAGAAGGGCGAGAAGCGGGUGCUGAUCAUAUUGGAUUUGCAUGUGGUCAAGCCGGGACCAGCGGUGGGAGAAAAGAUCGGCAACCCGCAAACGCUGACGGAUACGGGCGCUGGCGGUGGUGGUGCAGGAGCGCCAUCGACUGCGGCUGCGCCGGCCAGGACGGAAUCCGCUGGAAGUGUCAGCAAUGGCUCAGCUUACCAGAACCGAUCGAUGGGCGGUGGUAUGCACGGCGGUGCCGCAUCCGGUGGCGAUAACUUGUCUCUGGAAAACACAUUGACCCAUCCGAUCAGCUUUCUCAGCCCAUAUCAAAACAAGUGGGUUAUCCGAGCCCGAGUGAUGUCCAAGUCGGGCAUCCGUACCUGGAGCAAUGCCAAGGGCGAGGGCAAGCUGUUCUCGAUGGACGUCAUGGAUGAGUCGGGAGAAAUCCGAGUCACGGCAUUCAAGGAGCAAUGCGAUAAGUACUACGAGAUGAUCGAGGUCGAUAAGGUCUACUACAUCACCAAAUGCCAGCUGAAGCCGGCCAAUAAGCAGUAUUCAACAUUGAAGAACGACUACGAGAUGACCAUGACCAACGACACGAUCAUACAAGAGUGCAAGGACGCUGGCUCGUCCAUGCCGUCGAUCCAGUACAAUUUCGUGCCGAUCUCUCAGAUUGGAAACAUGGAGGCGAACGCCAUUAUCGACGUGAUCGGAAUUUGCAAGGAAGCCGGAGAUGUGAUGCAGUUCACGGCCCGGUCCAGCGGUCGGGAGCUUAAGAAGCGUGAGGUGACCCUGGUAGAUACGAGCAGCGCGGCCGUUUCGUUGACCCUCUGGGGUGAGGAUGCCCAGAACUUCAACGCCGCAAGCAACCCGGUCCUGGUCAUCAAGGGAGCUCGCGUGACUGAAUUCGGAGGAGGUAAAUCGCUCGGACUGGUGGCCAGCAGUGUCUUGAAGACCAAUCCUGAUACGGACGAUGCGCACCGGGUCCGCGGGUGGUAUCUGAGCGUGGGAUGCGACAGUGUCAUUAACAGUGUUUCCACCAGGACCGGGGCCGGAGCGGGCUACUCUACCGAGUGGUUAACGUUCCACGAGGCCAAGGAGAAGAAUCUGGGUGCCGGCGAUAAGCCGGAUUACUUCCAGGUGAAGGCCGUCAUCCACAACAUCAAGUCGGCCAAUGCUGUGUACAAGGCUUGUCCAAGGCCCGAGUGCAACAAAAAGGUGAUCGAUCAGGACAAUGGACAGUAUCGCUGCGAGAAAUGUAACGCCGAUUUCCCGAACUUCAAGUACCGACUGCUGGUUAAUAUGCUGGUCGGAGAUUGGACUUCUAAGCGAUGGGUCACCGUGUUCGCGGAUCUGGCCGAAGAGAUGCUGGGCAAAUCCUCGCAGGACGUCGGCGACGCGCUGGAGUUCAACAAAGACGAAGCCGAGAAGAUUUUCUCCGCCAUCAACUUCAAGAGCUACGUCUUCAAGCUGCGCACCAAGGUGGAAUUCUACGGGGACUCGUCGCGGAACAAGACCACCGCCGUGGCGGCCAACCCCGUCAACCACAAAGAGUACAAUGCCUAUCUCAUCAAGAACAUCCAGGAGAUGACCGGAAUCAGCAAGCACUAGGCAGGGCUUCGGAAACCAAACCAAAUGAGCCACCCAUUUACAAACUAUCUAUUCCUAAAAACUUAAUUUUUAUUACUAUUGUUAGCCAUCCAUAUGAUGAUGAUGAUGAUGAUGAUUGUGUACCCACCAUCAGCGCAAGGAUUACCUAUGGCUGCAGAGUCAUACCGAAAGGGAAAGAUCUACCUGAUGGUUUGUUGUAGCAGGGUAAGCUAAAUUCACUGGAAACCUUCGGAAGACAACACGAUGGUUGUUAUCUCGUGACAAAGUCUGGCCACCCCACGAACAUUUGUCCAGAAACCAGUUCAUUUAGCUUCCUUAGGCUACCCCUCCCAAAAUCCCAAGUAUUGUGUAAUUUAAAUAUAAUUAAUUAUAUAGUUGAACAAUUACCUGGUAUUACCUGAAAUAGUAAAUAUUAUUGUUAUGAUAUAUAGAAUUUUAAUUGACCUACAUUACAAUCACAACUUUAUUUACCUGAACAGCGCCGAAACAAAUGGUUAUUAUAGUUAUUAGCUACAGUUAAAAUCAAGCAAAUAACACUGAAACAAAUAGAGUAUCAGUAGUGAAAAACCAAAAACCAAAAUAAAACAGAACACAAAAAGUAAACCAAGUUUUGAUCUUAUAAUUUUUCUGCUUUUAAAUUAACCAAGCUGGAGAAUUACGAAAUCAAAAUUUGUUAUGGUAGAUCUUACGCUGUAACGCACCAUUAUGAGGUGAUCUACCCACGUUACGGGUUAUUGUUAGCCAUCCAUAUGUAUAAAAACCGAUAUUCCUACAAAUAAAAAUACAGCGUUUAAAACUA